AUGUCCGAUGAGGAGGUGUUGCGAAAAUUGCGUGAGAUUGUCAACCCGUCUGAUCCCAAAAGCCGCUUCAAGGAGCUGCAAAAAAUUGGACAGGGUGCUUCAGGCACCGUCUUUACGGCCACCGACACCACCACGGGUAACGUGGUUGCUAUCAAGCAAAUGAAUCUGGCUCAGCAACCGAAGAAGGAGCUCAUUAUCAACGAGAUUCUGGUCAUGCGGGAGCAUCAACAAGACAACAUUGUCAACUAUGUGGAUAGUUUCCUUGUCUCAGAUCAGGAGCUGUGGGUCAUCAUGGAAUACCUGGCCGGUGGCUCCCUGACCGACGUAGUGACAGAGACGAUCCUCAAUGAGGGGCAAAUUGCCUCCAUUUGCCGAGAAUGCCUCAAGGCCCUUGAGUUUCUGCAUGCCAGCUCCGUCAUUCACCGUGAUAUCAAGAGCGACAACGUUCUUUUGGGCAUGGAUGGUGCCGUCAAGCUGACUGACUUUGGUUUUUGCGCCCAGCUGGCUGGCGAGGCAUCCAAGCGCUCCACCAUGGUGGGCACUCCUUAUUGGAUGGCUCCUGAGGUCGUUACGCGCAAACAGUACGGCCCCAAAGUCGACAUCUGGAGCUUGGGCAUCAUGGCGAUCGAGAUGAUUGAAGGCGAACCUCCAUACCUGAACGAAAACCCUCUGCGCGCAUUGUAUCUAAUUGCUACCAACGGCACGCCAGAGCUGCAAAACCCAGACCAGCUAUCUGAUGAGUUCAAGGACUUUUUGUCGAGAAGUCUAGAAAUGUCUGUCGAUGACCGUGCUUCCGCCUCAGAGUUGUUGCAGCACCCCUUCCUCAAGAAGGCCAGCCCGCUCAAGUCUUUGGUGCCAUUGAUUCAGGCUGCCAAGCAGGCCUUGUCUGGUCAUUAA